AUGAUAUUAAAUAUCCCUAAUAAUUUUAGUGGCAGUGGAGAUUCGGGUUUCUCUUCAAAACGUGCAUCCAAGUUAUUGUCUUCUAAUAAUAAGAGAAAAUCAGCCAUUGAUGUCUAUAAAAGAGACAUUGGUGUUACUUCUCAGAGCAAUUCAAAAAUCAAAUACAUUUUCUUUCUUAUUGCAAUAUUUUUCGUAGUGAUGGGGCUCUCCCAUUUCUUCUUCACAACCUCUUUGGUUCUUUUCUCAUUGCUAAUCCUUGCCUCUGCAAGUGAUUAUGGCUAUGGCGGCAAAGCUGAUGGUGACAAGCCAAAGUCUCAGGAAUAUAACUAUGAAUCCAAAUCUGAAGACAAAUUCAAGAUGGGUUAUAGUUAUACUUCUAAAUCAUUCGAUAACGAGAAGUCGAAGAUGGAGGAUCGUAAGUAUACUUCUGAUCCAGAAGUAGAAGAAAAAUCAGACAAGGUGGAUCAAUACUCGAAGUAUGAAGAUCAUGAUCAUAAAGAAAAUGGUUAUGAUUACAAAUCAUACAUCGACAAGUCAAAAUCUGUGGUUAACGGCUACGUUCCUAAGCCAGAAGUUUACAACCCACAACAAAAAGAUAAUGACUACGCUUCCAAGCCAGAAGCUUACAAGUCUCAACUCCCCAACUCUAAAGCUUACAAGCCACAACCCAAGGAUAAGGGGUACGCUCCCAAACCAGAAGCUGACAAGCCACAACCAAAAGAAAACAGCUAUGCCCCUAAGCCUAAAGCUUCCAAGCCACAAACCAAAGAUAACGACUACGCUCCCAAGGCUGAAGCCUACAAGCCACAACCCAAAGAUAACGGCUACGCUCCCAAACCAGAAGCUAACAAGCCACAACCAAAAGACAAUAGCUAUGCCUAUAAGCCUGAAGCUUCCAAGCCACAACCCAAAGAUAAAGACUACGCUUCGAAACCAGAAGCUGAGAAGCCACAACCCAAAGAUAACAGCUAUGCUCGGAAGCCUGAAGCUGACAAGCAACAACCCAAAGAUAACAACUCCACUCCCAAGCCUGACGAUUACAAACCAAAACUCAAAGAUAACAGCUAUGCUCCGAAGCCUGAAGCUGACAAGUCACAACCAAAAGAAAACAGCUAUGCAUCUAAGCCUGAAGCUUACAAGCCACAACCAAAAGAUAAUGGCUAUGCACCCAAGUCUGAAGAUUACAAGUCGCAACCCAAAGAUUAUGGCCAUUCUUCCAAUCCAAAAGAUGAGAAGCCUCAACCAAAAGAUAACAUCUAUGCACACAAGCAUGAAGCUUACAAGUCACAAUCGAAAGAGAACGACUAUUAUAACCGCAAGUUAGAUGUUUUUAAAUCAAAAUCAGUAGAAAGUCAUGGUUAUAACUCAAAAUCAGAUUGUGAUAAAUCAAAGCCAGAGGAGAAAGAAAAGUCAAAUGGUUACUAA